GCUUACGGACGAUGUUACUCGCUCUGUGGUGGAAGCCUAUCGCGAGGGCCAGUUUAUGUCUGAGAUCAUACGCAGACUCGAGGCGAAGGACAAGUGACUUCUGCCGAGUUUGAGUUAGUCAACAGACUGCUGUUCCUUGAGAAGGCAGGGAAUAAACGUAUGUGUGUGCCAGAUAGGGAGUCUUUGUGUAGUUUAUUUCAAGGCGAGUGUCAUGAUGCCACCGGACAUUUUGGCUUCAAGAAGACUGCAGCCAAUUUGCUGCAGCGGUUCUGGUGGCCCAUGAUGAUGAGAGAUGCCAAGUUGUACGUGGAGAGUUGUCAGGUCUGUCGAAGAGACAAGCCCCGUACACAGGCCCCUCUUGGGCUCCUCAAGCCCCUUCCAAUCCCGGAAAGGCCCGGUGAGAGCCUAUGGACUUCAUGGACACGCUGAUCACCAGCGAGAGUGGAAUGGGACACAUCUUUGUUAUUGUGGAUAGGUUUAGUAAGUACGCUAGGUUAGUUGCAAUGCUGGAGACAGCGAAGACUGAGUAUGUGAUUAGACUCUUCAAAGAGAACUGGGUCAGAGACUUGAGGCUCCCAAAGUCUAUUGUGAGUGACAGGGAUGUCCGAUUCACAAGCGAGUUGUGGAAGGCUGCAGCUCCAAAACAGGGAACACAGCUGCAGAUGACUUCUGGGAACCAUCCCGAGGCCAAUGGCCAAGCAGAGCAGCUUAACCGCGCUGUACAACACCUGUUGCGGCAUUACAUCAAGCCCAAUCAGGUGGACUGGGAUGAGAAACUUGCCCUCAUCGCCAGCCUGUAUAACAAUGUCGUGCACAGCGCAACUGGAGCUCUUGGUCGUUCUCAGAGGGAGCUGCAGGGGUUCGAGGAGGCAGGCCAUGACGAGUCUGACCCACAGGUCAAGCAGCUCAAGGAUCAUGUUGAGAAAGUUAUGGAAAUUCGGCUCUGCUACGAGUCACAGUUGAGGGACACAGAACUACUACAAAUGGGGCUCUCAUAUUAUCGCUUGAUGGUCGUCUGGAUGGCAAACCUAUUGGGAGGGUUUCGAUGGCCACUGCCAGCUCCAUGCCCAAUGGAAUUCGCAUCACUCCCGGAACACUUCGUGGAGGACAUGGCUCAGCUGCUUCUUUUUGCAUCCCGGAUACCACAUGCCUAUGACGGUGUCAUUCUGGAUGAGUUUAUGAGCUUCAUUGUUACGCUCAUGGGGAGUCCUCUUCACAUAAAGAACCCAUACUUGAGGGCCAAGUUUGUGGCUGUACUGAACGCAUGGAUGCCUGCCCACUGCAUGACCCGGGGCAUUGCCGAUUCUAUGGCGACCUUGUUUGAAGGGCACCAACUGGCAUUGGAAUGUAUGGUGCCUAAUUUGCUGAAGCUGUAUGUGGAUAUAGAGUUCACAGGCAGCCACACACAGUUUUUUGACAAGUUCGAAAUCCGACAUAACAUCGCCGAGCUGCUGGAAUAUCUUUGGGAAGUACCCAGUCACAACAUGUCAUGGAAGAAGGUUGCUAAAACUGAAGAGAGAGGAUUCUACCUGCGCUUUCUGAACAUGCUAGUCAAUGAUGCAAUCUAUCUCCUAGAUGAGAGUCUGAACAAACUCCCUGAGCUGCGGGACUUGGAGGAACAGAUGAAGGACAAGAAAGCAUGGGAAUCUAUACCAGAGGAUGAACGCAGGGAGAAGGAGCGUUACUUCCGCCAGAUGGAGAGUAUGGUUCGGUAUGACAUGAUGGUUGCUAACUACAAUGUAAGGAUGCUCCAGUAUACAUCAGCGGAGAUCAGCACUCCAUUCCUAUUGCCUGAAAUGAUAGAACGAAUAGCAGCAAUGUUGAACUACUUUCUUCUCCAGCUGGUGGGGCCCCAGCGAAAGGCGCUGAAAGUUAGAGAUCCAGAGAAGUACGAGUUUCGCCCCAAGGAGUUGCUUACCCAGAUUGUGGAUAUCUAUUUGAAUUUGGAAAGGUCAGACCUGACUGACAAAUUUGCUGUGGCAGUCUCAAGCGAUGGCAGGUCGUACAGGCCGGAGGCAUUUCCAGAAGCAGCUGCAGUGUUGAGGUCAAGGCAAUUGCGGCCUGAAGAGAUGAUACGUGCAUUUGAAAGUUUCGGCGAGAAAGUGAAGGUUUGUGCAGCAGAGGCAAUGGAUGUGGAGGCCAUGAUGGGUGAUAUUCCGGACGAGUUCUUGGAUCCCAUACAGUUCACGCUGAUGAAUGAUCCUGUUGUAUUGCCGUCAUCAAAGACCACGAUUGACCGGGCUGUCAUCCAAAGACACCUCCUGAGUGAUCAGACGGACCCAUUCAAUCGAUCACUGUUAACACCUGACAUGCUUAUUCCAAACACCGAGCUGAAGGCUAAGAUUGAAGCUUUCAGAGAAGCACAGAGGCGAAAGGCUCAUUCAUGACCUAUUUGGUGAACGGACAACUGUACCCAGAAAUUGGCGGAUUUCCUUCUUUUGCUGCGUUCCGCUUUCCUUCUCCCAAUUAAGACUCUCUAGAUAACAGGUGUUGAUUGCCAAAGGGAAGGGGUCAAUUUCAAUUUCUCAAUUGUGAAUUAAGUGCUGGCUUCCUUUCUUGUUUCGUUUGCCUUGUUUUUUGCUUUCCUUUUGUGUUCUCCCCACGCUCUGUUGUAACGUGUUUAUUGCAUGUUCUCCCCUCGUGCUUCAUUUCUAUGGUCGUUUUGUUGCCAUCCCUUUGCUUCCAUCCCCUCUGUUCAUCCCUGUCCUUGUUCAAAUUGAAGGCAGACUCUUUUCUCAAGGCUCCUUCAGUGUAGGUGGUUGCCAGUUUUCCUUCAGUUCCACUUGCAGGUGUCCUUCCUCGUGCUGUAUGAUAAAUGGCUAGGUCAUGAAUCUAAGUGAGAUUGAUUUGAUGAUUAUUUGUGAAUUUAAUACAAGAGAAAAAGUGAUCGGAUCGAGGUUUGUAAUGGCAAAGAGAAUAAACACCUUGGCAUCGC